UACUGAGGAAGUAUAAAUGAAUGCGAUUUUAGUCAAAUAAGACACCAGUUGGGACUUGUCUCAUAAAGAAACACGUAGCCAAAAUGAAUAAGUUGAUCGUGCUUGCCGCACUCGUCGCUUGCGCCUUCGCCGCUCCUCAGCGCAUGGUGCUACCCCGUCUGCCAUCUUCAGUCAUCUUGAACGGCAAAUACCAGCUGAUUCCAGAGAACAAGAUUGUCGGUGGAACUGAGGUCGUUCCCAACUCGUUGCCGUUCCAAAUUUCCCUACAGCGUCGAAGCUUCGGUGGUUUCUCGCAGUCAUGCGGUGGUUCCAUCCUCAACGAGAACACCAUCCUCAAUGCUGCUCACUGUGUCGACGGAGUUAAUGAUGUAACCAUCUUCCGUGUCGUUGUCGGAGAACACGACCUGUCCCAAGUCAGCGGUUUGGAACAAAACCGAGAUGUUAGCAGCUAUUUGAUGCACCCGGACUAUGAUACUAGCACCUCUUCCAACGAUAUCGCCCUUAUCUACUUGACUGCACCAUUGGAUUUGAGCGUCCCAUCGGCUAAAGCCGUCAACUUGCCACCACCUGUUACGGAGUUUGAUCCACCUGCUGGAACAAUCACCACCGUUUCCGGAUGGGGUACCACUAGCUCCGGCGGCAGCAUUUCCAACGUGCUUUUGAGCGUCGAUGUGCCCAUCGUCUCCGACGCCGACUGCAACGCUGCUUAUGCUGGUCUAUUCGAUCCCAACCCUAUCUUCCCAUCUAUGUUGUGCGCCGGUGGCCCAGCAGGUGGCAUCGACUCUUGCCAGGGUGAUUCUGGGGGACCUCUUUUCACUGGAACUGGCGCUGAUGCUGUCCAACAUGGUAUCAUUUCUUGGGGCCGCGGCUGCGCUUUGGCUGAUUACCCAGGCGUCUACACACAAGUGUCUUACUUCAUUGACUGGAUCGCAGCCAACAGGCGCUAAAUGGACUACUUCUGAGCUACG